AUGUCGUCUUUUACAGCAUCCAAGAUCCUCAUUUUCGGCGGCACGGGAACCAUCGGGCGCUACAUCACGACAGCCCUCCUCCGCACCAAGCUCUCCUUCCAGCAAUUGACCCUUUUUACAUCGACUAACAGCGCGAAAGAGAAGGCUCAGCAGUUGGAGAAGUGGAAGUCGGAGGGUCUCAAAAUCAUCGUUGGCGACCUCACGUCCGAGGACGAUGUUAAGGCUGCGUACGAUGGCAUCGACACCGUCAUCUCAGCGGUAGGCAGGGGCGGUCUUCAACACCAGAUCAACCUCCUUAGGCUCGCCGAAGCCUCGGAGACGGUCCAAUGGUUUCUCCCAUCCGAGUUUGGCACCGACAUCGAGCACAAUGAGAAGAGUCCAAAUGAGCCCCCUCAUCAGCUCAAGCUGCAGGUGCGCAAGUACAUCCGCGAGAACCUGAAGCGGGUCAAGGUCACAUACGUGGUGACUGGCCCUUACUUCGACAUGUGGGUGGACGCCGCCCCUGGUCUCGAGUUCGCCGGCGGAUUCGUCCCUGCCAAGAAGCACGCGUACUUGAUCGAGGAUGGCAACGGCAAGGUUGGAUUUUGCACAAUGCCAGAUGUUGGCAAGUUCGUGGCCGCGACCCUGAAAUCACCCGAUGCGUCUUUCGGCAAGGCGCUCAAAGUUCAGAGUUUCGUCGUCACGCCCAAGGAGGUCUUGGCCGAGUAUAAGCGACAAAGCGGCGGCGAAUGGGGGACGACCUUGACACCGCUUAAUGAGAUCAGAAAGUUCGAGGCCAAGUUGUGGGAGGAGAAGAAUCCCCGCGCGACACUUGUCACGCUGCGGCGGAUCUGGGGUGAGGGAGGCACUUUGUAUGCCCAGAAUGAUAACGACGUGGUUGCGUCGCACCUCGAGGGACUCGAUUCACUUGCAGCGGCGGCCGAAUUGAACGCGCCCCAAGAUGUCAUCACUUGCCAGACGAAGUCCGUUACGGCGCCGUCGUUCACGGAGAAGCUGAUGUUUUUCGGUUCCAGCACGAGCUCAACCACUGCUGCCGACUGUAUCCCCAUGACCGCAGCGUCGUUCGCCGCCAUCUCGGCCGUAUUCACAGUUGGUGGGCUGGUCGGGGCGCUGGCUGCUGGCCCUUUCACAUCGCGCCGUGGCCGCUGGCUCUCGAUGCAGGCGACGGCCGUGUUCUACCUUUUUGGGUCUGCCAUCGAGACGUUCGCCGCGUCGGUUCCGGUCAUGAUAAUCGCCCGGUUUUUGACAGGAAUCGGUGCUGGCGCCAGCACAGUCAUCGUACCGUUGUACAUCAGCGAGGUGGCCCCGCCUACGAAGCGUGGCUUUUUUGGCGCCUUCACCCAAAUCAGCAUCAACGUUGGUAUCCUGUUUACCCAGACCUUGGGGUACUUCAUGAGCCACGACAGUGCCUGGCGGUGGAUUUUCGGCGCUGGUGUUAUCAUUGCGGGUUCCCAGGCCGUCGGCCUGCUGAUUGUUCCGGAAAGUCCGUCCUGGACGGCGAAUGUGAAGGGCGAGAUCGGCCAUGCCCGCCGCGCUCUGCAGCGAAUUCGGGGUAAGCACAGCAAUAUCGAUGAGGAAGUGGAGGCCUGGGGUGCCGGUGACGGGAGGCCGCCCGGCGAGCGCGAGCGGUUGCUUGCUGCGGAGGACAUGGAGUCGGCCGAGGCUGGCACCGGGUUACAACCGCCGUCAUCCCCCGGCUCCAAGUCACCGAAGGCCCACCUGGGGUUUGUCCAAGUCGUACGUGACCCGUUGUAUCGCCCGGCCAUCAUUGCUGUGGUUGGUAUUAUGUUCGCCCAGCAGCUGUGUGGCAUCAACUCUAUCAUCAUGUACUCCGUAUCGCUACUCAACGAUCUUCUCCCGAUCAGCUCGGCGUUGCUGACCAUCAUGAUCUCGGUCAUCAAUCUGGGCACGACCAUGGCCGCGUCACCGCUCCCGGACCGACUCGGCCGCAAGACUUGUCUCCUGAUAUCCGUCAUCGGCCAAGGCUCGAGCUCGUUGGCACUCGCCCUCUCUAUUAGGUUUGGUUUGAAGAUUAUGUCGGCGGUCGCCGUUCUCCUCUUCGUUGCCUUCUUCGCGAUUGGCCUUGGCCCCGUGCCUUUCAUCAUGGCCUCGGAACUGGUCGGCCCAGAAGCUGUUGGCGCCACUCAGUCUUGGGCGCUGGGGGCAAACUACAUUGCGACCUUCCUCGUCGCGUACUUGUUCCCAAUUGUUAACCAAGCCUUGAACGACGCUUUGGGUGGUGCUGGAUGGGUUUACUUCAUCUUCGCAGGCUUUGCCCUUUUGUGGACGGCAUUUAUCGGGAGAAACGUGCCUGAGACCAGGGGAGAGGGAUGCGAUGAAGUCUGGGGCUGA